CUUUUCUUGACUAAACUUGAUUCUAAAGAAAGAAAGCAAAAGAGAGAACAAAGACUCUCAUCAUCUAUUUCUCUUUUACCUCUCGUCUCUCUCUAGCUUCUUGAUGGUCUUGAAGCAAGAAUCAUGACCAUCCUUCACAGGUUUCUGUCGGAGGAUAUGACCAACGUCCCGCUCUGUGAAUCUCCGAGUUGCCUGAAAGAGCUUUCAGAUUCAGGACCGUGUGGACCCAUUUGUCUUAGCCUCUGCCCUUCCUACUGCAGGAGCAGGACCGUCGAUGUUACGGAUCUUUCUCCACCUCCGGUGAUUCACCACUACAUAGACGAACACCUAAAGAGGAUCUUGAUCAUCUCAACUUCUUCUAUCAUCACAACUCUGUUUCUCCUUACUCUACUCGUUCUCUGUUUCAAGUGGUACAACAGGAGAAGGUCUAUAGCAUUAUCAAGAAGAUGGAGCAUGGAGGAAGCUAGAAACUGGGAUUUUAAUGGACCGUCACAACCGGUUAUUGUUGAUCAUCCGGUUUGGCAUAUAAGAACCAUUGGUUUGAAUCCAACGGUUAUAAGCUCGAUCAAAGUGUGUAAGUAUAGUAAAACAGAUGGUGUUGUGGAAGGAACAGACUGUUCGGUUUGUUUAAGCGAGUUUGAAGAAGAAGAGACGCUUAGAUUGUUACCAAAGUGUAGACAUGCUUUUCAUGUUCCUUGUAUUGAUACUUGGCUUAGAUCACACACCAAUUGUCCGGUUUGUCGUGCUCCUGUUGUCGCGGUAAGUGAUGAUGGUGGUGACAAUGUUGAGGAGAUCCUUGUGAGGAUUCCAGAAGAGGAAAGUGGAGAACUCAAUGAAGAAACCGAGAGAGGUGAUGAGGAGGAAGAAGCUGACGAGUUUUAUAGUAUUGUUGUUAGUGAUGAAGAAGAAGAAGAUAAGUGGCAGCAGCGAGUGAGAAGGUCAGUGUCUUUGAGCUCGCUUUCGGGUUUAAGGGUAAGUGAAGUUGUUGUUGCUGGUAGAGGAAAAGAGAAGGUGAAGAGAGGCAAUGUUGGAUCUUCUGUUGUUGGGAGGUCAAGUUUCUUGAAGAGAUCUAUCUCUUACAAUGGCAAGUAGUACAAACUCUAUGUAUGGAUGGAUAUAACAAGUCCAUUAAGUAAGUUUUUUGAAGACACAAAUAUACUAUAUACUUUCUUGAAAGGAAAUCAAAAUAAAACUCGGAUAAGGUAGAUAAUAUGUAUUAAGGUGAUAUAAAAAGGAUGAUCCUACUGCAUAUUGUUUAUCAAAACUGCUACUCUUGUCAAGUUAAAGGAGCUCUCACAGCUUCUAUUUUGCAUUAGAUCCACUAGGUUGUGAGUUGAUAAGUAGUAAAAAUACACCAAGCGUUUCAUUUUGAAUGCUACUCUUUUUACAGUUCUUGAACAACUGAUCUGGAUUUUAAGUAAAUUCAUAUUCAGUUGCGUUUUCUUUGUUAGAGAAUGAAAAUUCAUUAUAUACAUUUGUAUUUAGCAGCUAAGUUAUUUUGUUACCAAAAUAGUCUUUAAAACACCUUCCUUACUUAUACAAUAUUCUAAGUCCGAACACGAGACUGCUGUUUUA